UUAUCAUCAUCACUAUCAUCCUCCAUACAGAACUACAACUGAGAAUAGUUUCUAUUAAUAGGGUAACGUGUAAAUAGUGAUCUGAAAUUCGCGCCCGGUUGUUAGUGAACUUGUCUGGGCGCGUACAGCAAGUCCUUCCUUCCAAAACAAGAUGGAGCAGUACUGCUGUUUGGAGCGAGUGCACUCCGAAGUUUCAAGAAGAUAUGAUUGCAUUCCUCUGUCUCAAACGAAUGAGGUAUCUAUUGGUAGGGGAAAUGAUGUUACAGUGCAGAUUUUAUCCAAAGAAGAUCCUCUGAUGUUGUCAAGAAAGCAUGCUAUUAUCAGCUACGUUGAAGACACACAAAAAUGGAUGCUUGUAGAUAAUAAGAGUUUGAAUGGUAUAUUCAUAAACCAUGUGAGGAUAUCACCUUUAACACCUUGUGAGAUCAAAGAAAAUGAUGAAAUUCACUUUGGAAUGCCAUCAAAAGCAAGCAAUUCAACUGAUUUUAUAUUCAAAUUUACUAUUAAACAUUUGAAUCCAGGAGAAGUAGAAAAAAUCUCUAGUCGAUUGAGUCCUCAUUCAAAUAGUGGCAAAGUUUUCAAAUGCCCAGCUGAUAAACGGAAACGUGACCCAGAAAGUUGUACCUAUGAUAUACCAAGCACAUCGAGGAAUGUAGGAGCUUGUAAGAAAACAAAACUAAGAACAGAGGAAGAAAGAAAACGACUUGAAGAUGAAAAGAAAGCUGCGGAACUGAAGGCAGAACAAGCUGAAGAGCGAUUAAAAGAGGUGACAGAAAUGCUACGGAAGGAGAAAGAAACUGUUAAAGCUCAAUACCAAGAAGAGAUGAAGUUGAAAGAAAACAAACUUAUGAAAGAAUUACAAGCAGAGAGAGAAAGAUUAGAACUAGAAAAGAAAGACAUUGAAGAGCAGAUGAAGGAAAAAUUUGAUGUUGAAAUGAAAGAGAAAGAAAGCAAUCUUCUUGCCAAAUUAAAGACACAACAUGAAGAAUUAUUGAAUGAAAAGAAGAAAAUACACUGUAAAUUACAGAAAGAAAUGGAGGAAAAAUUGUGUCAAAAAGAAAAAGCUAUUGUACAGUUACAGAAAAGCAUGCAGGAAAAAGUAGAUAAAGAAAUACAAGAUAAGGAGCAUAAGAUGAUGGGGGAACUUAUGAGACAGAAAGAAAUGUUACUGAAAGAGAAAGAAACUGUCAAAAAUCAAUACCAAGAAGAGAUGAAGUUAAAAGAAAACAAACUAAUGAAAGAAUUACAAGCAGAGAGAGAAAGGUUAGAACUAGAAAAAAAGGAAAUUGAAGAGCAGAUGAAGGAAAAAUUUGAUGUUGAAAUGAAAGAGAAAGAGAGUAAUCUUCUUGCAAAAUUAAAAACACAACACGAGGAAUUAUUAACCGAAAAGAAGAAAAUACAAAGUAAAUUACAAAAAGAAAUGGAGGAAAAAUUAUGUGAAAAAGAAGAAGAUAUUCUACAGUUACAGAAAAACAUGCAGGAGAAAUUAGAUAAAGAAAUAAAAGAUAAAGAGCAUGAAAUGAUGGCGGAACUUAUGAGGCAGAAAGAAGACCUUUUAAAAGAAAAGGCGAGUGUUGAAGAAGAACUGAAAGAAAAAUAUCAGAGAAAAAUGGAGGAGAAAGACCACCAUCUACUCGCAGCUCAGGAAGAAAUGAAGAAAGGUCUUGAGAUGAAAAUAAAGGAAAAGGAAGAGAUGAUGCUCAAGCAGUUGAGAACGCAGAAAGAACAAUUGCUUGCUGAGAAGAAAAUAGUUGAAGAGGGUUUACAGCAGGAGAUGGCCAGAAAACUUGACGAGAAAAACCAGCACCUUCAGGAGAAACUAGAAGAGGAAAAAAAGAAACUUGAGGAUGUCAUAACAAAGAAACAAGAGGAAUUUAAAACAUUAGAAUCAGAGCUGUUAAAAAGUAAACUUAAUAGUAGGUUGAAAGUUGAAAUUGCUAAACAAAAGGCAAUGGAGAAAGUGUCAGACGUCAUGGAAUCAGAGCUUCAAUGCAGUAUAUGUGCCGAGCUUUUCAUUCAGGCAACAACUCUGAAUUGUUCUCACUCUUUCUGUCACACUUGCAUAAUGGAGUGGUUCAAGAAAAAGAAAGAAUGCCCAUGCUGUCGCACAAAGGUGACUACUUACACACGCUCGAUUGUUCUCGACAAUUACAUCGACAAGAUGGUGGAGUCAUUGAGUGAGGAACUAAAAAUAAGGAGAACUGAAAUAGUCAAGGAGAGAAAAAGCAUGACUGGUACAGCUGCAACCAGUGGAACAUUCAAACAAGAAAUCAUUAUAAGUGAUGAUGAGGAAGAUGAUAGUUUUGACGAGGAUGCCUUUCGGGAGGAAUAUGCUCAUGAUGAUAGGUUUAACAGUGACGAUGAUUAUGGAGUUGGUACAGAUUGGAAUGGAGAUCCGAUAGUUUCAGAUUUUGAUGGCAUGUUCUACCCCAGUCAUGCAUGUGCCAGAUGUGAUCAGUGUGGCCACUCUGAAAAUUAUUGUCCAAGGACAUACAAGUACGAAUGACCUCACCUUUGCUUCAAGAUCUACGCUGAUGAAUAAAUUAUUGUACAGUACAUGUACUGUAUGUUUUAUUUCCACCAGUGCCUAAAUCAGGAAUAUGAUGGCAGCAAAAAAAAAUACAAUAAUAAAAUAGGCCUAUAUUCAGGGGUUGCAGCAGAUAAGUUGUCCGAAAGGUGUAUCUGAAAAUUUUCAGCGGAGGCCAGCAGGGUAGAGGGGCUGUGCUCCCUGGCAUCUGGAAAAGCCGGAUAUAUUUGAUGAGGAUUGGCAGAUCCCUACGGACUCCCUGCCUCCCCACCCCCCAUUUUAGCUUAUUUUAUU